AUGGACGACGAGUCCUACUACAACUACCGCGAUGGCAGCACGAUGUACAGCGCGACGCCAAUCCGCGUCCAGACGGUGGGGUCCUCUGCGCCAGCGCCGGGGGAGAUGGACAGCGGCAACAGCGGCAGCAGUGGUGCUCGUCGAGCCUUAUUUCAACGUUUCAGCAACGGCCACUCCACCACCAAACCGCCGCAGCAGCAGCAGCAGCCAUCCUUUCCGACGCCGACGCCAACGCCGCCAACCAUCCGCGGGACACGAAAUCCGCGCCUCAACUCCGAAGAGCGCGGCGUGCGUGGGGCCCCCACAGCCCGCCCAGCGCCACAAGAAACCGCCACCGCCGCCGCCCACCCAGCCCCGCCGCCCGAGGCCCCGGCCACGGGGGCCGCCACCGCAGCACUCGGCAGCAGGGCGUCCACGAUGCCAAGUCCCGGCGUGACAACGUCCGUCGUCGUUCCCGGUUCAGCUCGCGCGGCGACCAGCGAGACGCCAUCCGGCGUAGCGACUCCGUCCAACCCGGUGGAGAGGCCGACCCAGGCGGCCGGCACCAGCACCGUCUCCCCCGCUACGCUGACGCAACUGCGGACCCACUUGGCGCGCAGUCACGGCCUGGCAGGGCAGCCCAUCGUAAUCGCGGCGGGCAGCGAGGCGAGCCGCACCACGCCGGGCGCGAGCAACGGCAACACCGCUGCCGCCAAAAAGGCGGGGCAGCGCGAGCAGCACCUGGGUGAUCGGCCAGGGGGCAGCACCGCCCGUUCGUCUGACGGCCGCGAACACACCAACAACAGCGCCGCGCCGGAGCAGCCAAAGCCACGACUGCCGCAGCUGCGUCCAGUUGUCGCGGCCAACUCGGCCACCGUCGAGCGCCUCAGCACCAGCAGCGCAAAUCACAGCGGCGGCAUGAGCGGCACGAACAACACCUCGGCGGCUGACGGCGGCGGCAGCUCCGUCGGCGUCGUCUACGCCCACCAGAGUCACCUGACGGCCACCAACGUCACGCGCAUGUCGCCCUCGCCCGGCAACGGCGGGGUUGUGUCGGUGCUGGAGCCACUGCGCACGGAUGCCGACGACAGCUUCAAUCCCAGCCUGCUGGAGUCCACGGUUGGGCUGGAGGACGGGGACCUGGCGCCGGAGGUGGCGGAGGCCUGCCACAGCUUCCUGGAGCAUUUACCCGUGGACUGGGCCCGUGCCGUCGUGCGCGCUAUCACCCUGCAGACCGCCACGCUGCAGGUGCCACCGCGGCUUCUGCGGGCCCCCGCCAUCUUCGACUCCUACGCGGAGUUACGCGGGGAGGUGUCCGCCACGCUGGAGGCGGCCGCCGCGGGCAACAACAGCACCAGCCAGGGCGGUGGCUCCGGCAGCCUUGUCGGAAAGAUCGAGGCCCAACUGCCGUUCCUGUACACGAUUAAUCUGCAGCAGCUCUUGACGGUCGCACCGGCCCUCCUGCGACACCGCCUGCACAACACCCGCGGCGUCAAGCUGGACGAGCUGCGGGCCGGGUUCCGCGGCAAUGCGCAGACGGCUGCGCGCACCGAGGCGUCCGUGAACCGGUACGCCUACCUGCCGCACGUUCAGCGCGAUGUGCACUUCGGCGCGGUGCUGGCGCAGGGUGCGUUGCGCAUGAUGACGCCAGGCCCGCGGCUGACAGACGGGACUACACCGACACACGGCAAAGGCUGCAGCAACGGCGGCGACAACGCGGCGGAUGGGGCUCGAAUCUCGCCGCGGCAGCACACGCACCACGCGUCGUCCGCGCAGUCGCAGCCGGCGUCCGUUGCCACGAAUACCACGACCAGCACCGCCGCCGUCGCAACCCCCACACGCACUUACACCGCCGUCUCCUUUGAGAACUUCGCGUCGAUCUUUCUGAAGGAUCGCUUCGACAUCGCGCAGACGGAGCGCAGCGGCAGCGGCGGUGCGAGCAACAGCGGACGUCACGGCGGCCGUCACCGACGCCGCAUUGACCCUUUCUUUGAGCGCGAAUUCGUGGCCACCAUCGCCACGGGGCAGGAGGAGGCGGCCCUCUUCGCCAGCACCCUCGCCCCGGAAUUCAUGGUGGGUCUGCCGUCCUUCCUGAAGCACCCGGAGCGGGCCGUGCCGCUGAGUGUGGCGGCCGCUCUACACCACCUCUACACCGUACUCAACAUCGAACUCUUUCUGCGCUCCUACACGGCGGCGACGCUACGAAAUGCGGCGGUGGCGGCGGAGAUGAACACGGGCGCAGCAGCAGCCACAGGGCGCAACGCAAACAACGACAAAAGCAGCUCGAACGUGAACAGUGGUCGCAUCCAUUUUGUGGCAGGCAACCCGGCGACAGUGCUGUCCCUCAUCCCCUCGGAAGCCCCACCUGCGUCGUCGUCGUUGAUGGCGGCGGCGGCGGCGGGCUCGCCUGUCCUGCGCGGUCCUGCGCUCGAAGUAGGCAUGCUGUACGUGCGCAACACCAUCGUCUGUAGCGCCAGCACACCCGGCAUGGAGGCGUACCUCAUCUUCCUACACCAGAUCGUCUACCCCAAUCCGCAGGGCCUCAGCGGGCGUCGCGACGGAGGAGGCGCAGCAGCAGCAACAGCAACAUCAUCUCCCAACCCACCACCACCGCCAUGUCGGGCCGUGGUGCAGCUUUCUGAAGAUGCCAACGGCAGCAUGGCCGCCCCGCCAGCCCCGCCUUCACACACGCGUCGAAGUCCGAGCAGCAAUGCGAAUCCUACGAGUAGAACGAACCCGAGCGGCAACGGCGACGGCACGCCGGGCAUCUUUGAAUUACCCACCAUAAAGCACGCCGCGGCGGAGAUGACGCAGUUGGUGACGUGGGUGCAGGACGUCCGCUCGCACGACGCGCGGCACGGCCAGCCCUUCUCGUGCCACCUGACCUUCGUGCCGACGCACAUCCCGGCCCUCGCCGCGCCGACGCCGUCGCAGCUGUGCGCGCCGCUGCCGCACAUCGAAAUGGAGGACGCGAACUCCUUCCCGUGUGUGGCGGUGCUCGCCACGGUGGACCUGUGGAAGACGCUGCCGCCGCCGGCGGUGUCGAACUUGCUGCGCAUCUUCUUUAUGCUGGACCGCCACGCGCAGCGCGUGAUGGAGCUGGAGUCUCCGGACUACGGCACGGAGGAGGAGGAGGCAGCGGCAGCGGCGGCCGUCGCAACGAAGACGCGCAACAGCGCCGAUGACAACGCGGCGGCAAAGACGAACCCCGUGGCGCAUGCCAUUCCCUUUCCCGAUCCGCAGCUGCGGCAGCACGUCGCGAGCGGCAUCGCGCUGCAGGUGCGCGCCUAUCUGGAGCGCAUUCCAUUCAUUCAGCGCGACACCGGCAAGCUGCAGCGCCUCGUGUCCUUCUUCAUGGCCCGCCUGCACUUCUACGAAGACCUCAACGAGCGGCACUGCAAGACGGAGGAAGAGUUGCAGCAGGCGGAGCUGCAGCGCAUGGCCCGGCAGCGCACCCACGUGGCGGACACCCCGCCGCCAGCUACGCUGCACUCGUCCGCGUCCUUGUCGCUCUCAUCGACGCUGCCGCAGGCGGACGACGACGUCUACGGUGUGCGCCGCAAAGACCUCGGUGACGCCCUCGCCGUGGCGCUGGCGGCCGAGGCGGUGGCCGCAUCGUCAGACGGCACCGCGGCGGCACGACACGGGGGCGGAGACGGUGGGUCUGCGCGGGUGGGAGUUGCGCACGACUCGUCCUGGCUGCGCGAGCCGGCGCUUCCGCUGCGGCGAGAGGAGAACGUGACGGCGGCGCCGUCGCUGGUGGUGCUCCUCGUUCCCCAGCGUGACGUGCAGCGGCGGUAA